AUGAGCGUUCAACGCGGUAGAGUGUGCAUACUUGUUGGUAUGGCAGGUUCGGGUAAAACUUCGCUGCUGGAAAGGCUUGUGGAUUUCACGCACGCCGCUGGGAAAUCGUCAUACGUAAUCAACCUCGACCCUGCAGCGCACAACUUACCUUAUCAGGCUAACAUAGAUAUCCGCGAUACGAUUGACUACAAAGCCGUUAUGAAAGAGUAUAGUUUAGGUCCGAAUGGUGCAAUACUCACCGCAGCGAAUCUGUUUGCAACCAGGUUCGACAAGGUUAUCAGCAUAUGUGAGCAGAGAGCGACAGAGUAUGAGUACUUCUUUGUAGAUACUCCUGGACAGAUCGAAAUUUUUACUUGGUCGGCCAGUGGUAUGAUGAUCACAGAAAUGAUUGCUAGUAGCUUUAGCACGGACAUUCUUUUCGUUAUGGAUACCCCCCAGUGCCAAAAUCCACAGAUAUUGAUGAGCAACAUGUUGCAAGCCGUGAGUGUACUAUACAGGAGCCGUCUCAAUGUGGUGUUAGUUUUCAAUAAAAUUGACGUUGCUCCUCAUGCUCCGCUACUUAAAUUGCUAACCGAUGUCAAUAUCUUUCAGGAAAAACUUGAGAAUGCAAGUAACUUUUCCUCUGCAUUAACUUCAUCGCUCAACUUGAUUUUACAAGAGUUCUAUGAGCAUCUAAAUAUUGUAGGUGUCUCUGCAAUACAGGGUACUGGUAUUGGCGAUUUCGUUAAUGUUUUGCAGGGUUUGUAG